AUGGCUAAACAUGUCGAUGAACCACGCCCUACGCCACUUCAAAUCAUAUUUGGCAAAGAACAGUCAGUUCUACUGCAAACUUCAGACGAAAGAAUCAAAGCACAAAGAGAUUUGUACCAGGAGCAAAGAAUAACAGCAAAGAAGAUAUUCCGCAGAGUUGCACGGGAAACCGUACGGGAUUUGAUUAUUCUUGCGACCAGACAGGCUAUCUCAAGCCAAGAAAAAGGACAGUCAGCUAUUCCCCCGUACAGAUUUACAAAUUACAACACACAGAAAUUGAAAAUACAAAAGAAGGUCAAGGUCAUCAUUGGCUCUGAGAUUGUUCAUUAUUCCCUCACCCUUUCGACCAGACCUGCAAAAUGUGCUGAAGUAGCGUGCAUGGGGAUGCAGAGGGCUCUUGAAGACCACAGGAAAAUAACUCCAAAGCCAGUGGACAAAGCUCCAGAGAAAAUUGUUCAUGUUCCUAUGAUCCGGGCUUCACCGGACAGUGAUAUUCCUGGCACUGUGACUUUCCCAGAACCAGAUAUCAGCAAUGAAAUGGAGGCCGAUCCCGUGCCGACAGAUUGGAGAAGAUUUUUAUGUUGUGCCGGCAAACCACAGAAAAAACAGGAGAAGAAAGAGAAGAAGGAGAAAACUGGAUUUCUGAGCAGAUUACGCCGCUUGUUCAAACGUUGAUAAACUAUUUUAUUGUUGUGUGAAUGAUUGUUCGAUUUUAUCAUUUAAGACUCCUGAAGAAAACCUUUUACACUGAAUCAUAAUGAUACUGUUUCAUAUGGAUAAGAAAAUUAACUUUUUAUUACCAUCAUAAUGAGAACAGAAAAAUUUGAA